AUGAAGCGAGAUCUCGCUGUAGUGUUUCUGACGUCCCUCCUCUUACACCUCACUAAAGGCGCUCUGGGAACUGGUACCCUGGGAUCUGGUGCUCUGGGAUCUGGCGCUCUGGGAUCUGGCGCUCUGGGAUCUGGUACCCUGGGAUCUGUUACCCUGGGAUAUGGUGCUCUGGGAUCUGGCGCUCUGGGAUCUGGCGCUCUGGGAUCUGGUACCCUGGGAUCUGGUGCUCUGGGAUCUGGCGCUCUGGGAUCUGGAGUGGAUUACGGAGAGUUGCGUCUGAGCGGUGGGCGAUUACCCAGUGAGGGUCGGGUGGAGAUUUAUUACAAUGGGGAAUGGGGUACAGUCUGUGAUGAUAACUGGGAUAUCGCUGACGCUCACGUGGUGUGUCGCAGUCUGGGAUACAUCAAUGCAACCGAAGCUACCAUCGGAGGCAUCUUCGGAUCAGGGUCCGGCUCCAUCCUCCUGGACGAUGUCCACUGCUCUGGGUAUGAAUCAUCUCUCACACAGUGUCAGAGCGAAGGCUGGAGAAUUCACAACUGUCAGCACUCAGAGGACGCAGGAGUUCGCUGUGACCCACGACAGGCUGGAGAAAUGCCCAGUUACAGAUUCGAGCAGAUCUCCGAACUGCAUGAGUCCCUGAAUAAGUUAUACCUCAGCCAGAAACACUGUCAGGUGAAGAUCCUAGUGCUGACAGCGAGGAGGGGCCCGGUUAAACUUCAUCUGUGUGCACACAAAUUAAUCCUGUCCCUCAGCACCGAUGGAAACCUCAUCACUGAGAAUAAAACCAGCGGGAUCCAGAUCCUGGUGCCAGAGGACUGUUUACCGUACGUUGAAGACUUCAUCAGGUAUUUUUACACCAAGAAAAUUGACAUCAAUCUGUCGUCCAUCAAGUGCCUCCACAGCAUGGCGUCCAGUUAUGGUGUAACCGCGAUUCGUGAUUACUGUGACAAACUGUUCUACAAACUGCUGCCCCAGGACCCUUCCUUCAAACACCAGCUGGAGCUGUAUAACUACGCCGAGUCGGUCAGGGACUCUCUGCUGAAGGAGAUCUGUAUGGAGUAUUUUGCCUGGAAUUGUGAAACCUUUAUCCGGUCCCCCAGCUGGUAUGAGGUGACCGGUGAGCAGCUGAACACCCUCCUCCUCCGAUCGGACAUUGUCAUCUGGAAUGAGCUGAGUUUGUUUAAAGCUGUUGAAACCUGGAUCAUUCACAAGAAGAAAACGGAACUGACCCACGAGCUGAUGGAUAAGAUCCGCUUCCACAUGAUUCCCCCAGAAGACCUGUCCCGGAUUCAGCUACAAUCUAAACUCUACGAAGAACAUGACGGCUUCUUUCUCAAGAGAUUUCUGAAAGCUUUUGAGUUUCAUUCGGUAUCAGUUGAGCAGCUUAACAAAGAAAGGCAUUUCUCUGACCUCAGCUUAGAGCCCAGAAUUUAUAUAUCCUCCGAGUGGAGCGCUACAUUAGACAUUGACCCAAUCAGUAGCAUGCACUCCUCAUCCUCCAUGUACUAUAACGGUUAUCAGUAUGUCCACCAGGUCAGCUUCACUCAGCCAUCCUCUCCCACCAUGACUUUCCAAACCUCCAGCUUCACCAGUGCUUUUUAUAACGCGGACACGGUGUUGUGGACAGCUCACUACCACACCAGCUCACAGAGCUGUAAGCAGAGUAAUGGCCGCUGUCCCUACAACAUCUAUCCCAUUGCAACCUUAAACAUCAAGCAUCAGAACAAAGAGAGUCCUGUUCACUAUCAGAACAAAGUCCUUCUCCUUUGUAACAAUAAUUAUGUAUCGUAUGUACAUGACAUCAAGGAGGGCAGUGCUAUUCUCCCAUCCUUCAAAGGCCAGGGCCUCUUCUUCUUCGGCUGUGAGUCGGGAUAUUUUUCCACCCUCAGAUUUGUUGUCCGGCCCAUGUACAGGUGA